GCUUAGUAACCUCACAAAUGUAAACAAACAAAUUUUCAAAUUGUACCGACAAUUCUACAAUGUUUUUAAUUUUUAACCACAUAAAAAACCAGUUUGAAGUAAAGUGAAACAUAUCGAAUACAUUACUUGUUAGUAAAUGCUUUAAAUAGCAUAAUGGCGGAUCGAAAGUUCGAUUACACCGACAGACUGAACUUCUUGGGCGAAUGGUUCGAUCACAAAUGCUCCUAUUUGAAACACUUCAUAAUCAAAUUCUACCCGUCCGAUAACACUCUCGAACUCUACGACAAAGACUUGGGAAGGAUGUUCCUGAAGCGCACCAAAAUGGAGGAAAUAACCACCGAAGACAUGUUCGUAGGCAACACAAUCAGAGUGUACGGUCGACAGAUCAAAAUCACGGACUACUUGGACUGUCGCACGCAAAACAACGUCGGCAAAUACCGCGAAAAAACCUGCCUCAUUUUAAAACCGAUGGUACUCGACAAAAUCGGCGAAAUUCUCACAGUAAUCGAACGCAACGGCUUCGCCAUCAGCAAACUCAGACUAUGCUCGAUCACCCGAAAAGAAGCCAUGGAAUUCUACGCGAAACGCAAAGGCGACCCCAUCCUCCCUUCGAUACUCGAAAACCUAGUAUCCGGCCCAGUACUAGCCCUAGCUUUAAUCCGCGAGGACGCCGUCAAGAAGCUACAAGACCUACUGGGCCCCGCUGACCCCGAAGAGGCCAAACUCCGCGCCCCUCACACCCUACGAGCCCUCUACGGCCACUCGCACGAAGCCACCAACGGCUUCCACUGCUCCGAAGCCAUCGAAGACGGCCCCCGCGAGAUCGAGUUCUUCUUCUCGAUAAACGAGCGCUCUCCAGAGCCCGUGGCUCUCUUCGAAAACACCACAUGUUGCUUGAUCAAGCCGCACGCCGUGCAGGAGGGCAACGUCGGGCGCAUCGUCAAGUCCAUAACGGAUUCGCAUUUUAAGAUAACGGGGGCGCACGUGGUGUAUCUGUCGAGCCUCAACGCCGACGAGUUCCUGGAGGUGUAUAAAGGGGUGGUGAGCGAUUACCACGCGUUCAAGGACGGGUAUUUGAACGGGCCGUGCGUGGUGCUGGAGAUAGGGGGUAAAUUGGACGGGGUGGACGCGCAGGAGGAGUUUAGGAAGUUGUGCGGGCCGAUGGAUAGCGAGAUCGCUAGGCAGAUUCGGCCGCAUACGUUGAGGGCCCAGUUCGGCAGGGAUAAGUAUUUGAAUGCCGUGCAUUGCACCGAUCUGCCCGAGGAUGUCGUUUUGGAGCUGGAGUAUUUGUUUAGGGUGCUUAAGGAUGUUUGAGAUUUGUGUAAUAUAUCUGUUUUUGUGCUAGGUAGUCGGUUUUUCUUUAUCCUCUCAUCGAGAUCUACAAUAUGGUAGAAUGUAAAACGGUAAAGGUUUGUUACUACUUACUGAAGAAAUUUGGGUAAAUGUCGGAAUUUUUAUGGUAAUCUGAACUUAAAAUAGCUCUCCUGUAUCAUUAAUAAAC